AUGAACUGGGCAUCAAGUGUCAAUGUGUCUCCUGAACCAGAAACUUCCCCGCUUUUCAGCUCCACCCCCUGCCCCACUGCAACCACGUGCGACCGAAAGGCGGUGAUCAAAAAUGUCGAUAUAUCGGAGGAGAUGCAACAGGACUCGGUGGAUGUGCUACUUGGGCAUUGGAGAAAUAUAACAGAGAAGGACACUGCAUCCCAUAUUAAGGAGUUUGACAAGAAGUACAACCCCACCUGGCACUGCACUGUGGGGAGGGACUUUGGUAUUUAUGUGACACAUGAAACCAAACACUUCAUCUACUUCCACCUGGGCCAAGUGGCCAUUUUUCUGUUCAAAUCUGGUUAAAAGCAUGGACUAUGCUACACACUGAGUGAUCCAUCCCAAAACAAGGACUGCAGCCUAAAUUCCAAAUACCAGAGACUGAAAUCUG